AGAUGGAAGUUCACACGCACGGCUCCACGCUGCUGUGACUGGAGCAGAGCGUGGACUUCUCUCUACUAACCAGAGCUCGUCUGGCUUUAACUCACUUAAAACAUCGAAAUCUUCUAGUGAGCUUCUUCUACAUCAGGACUGCAUGCUAUUUGGCCUAGAUAGCGAUAUCUGAGAUCGCAUAUAUUUAAUCCGCAUUCGGGAAAACAUAGUCUUGAGCAGCGUGGUUUUCACGUGGGAACUUCGGCGAACAGGGAAAACAUACGUGCAACUGGUCAACCAGUUCGGUUCACAUACUUUUAAGCGCUAGAUAUUCGCCGAGAUUCUUUUGGGGUUUAGAAAUACUAACAGUCAUGUUGCUGAAAAUGGCAUCUUUAGUAUUGGAGGACGGGACAACAUUUAAAGGCCGUCUGUUCGGUGCCGUAUCCUCAGUGUCUGGUGAAGUUGUUUUCCAGACAGGAAUGGUGGGUUAUCCAGAGGCUCUCACAGAUCCCUCUUACAAGUCUCAAAUGCUAACUCUGACAUAUCCGCUGAUUGGCAAUUACGGUGUUCCUGAAGAUGAAGAUGGAGAGUUCGGACUCAGCAAGUGGUUUGAAUCUUCCAAAAUUCAUGCCGCUGCUCUUAUUGUUGGGGAGCUCUCUGAGAAUCCCAGCCACUGGAGCUCCGCCAAGUCUCUGGAUCAGUGGCUCCGAGAGCAAGGCAUCCCUGGGCUUGAAGGGGUUGACACUCGAAGCUUGACCAAAAAGAUCAGAGAAAAGGGAACCAUGUUAGGGAAACUUGUGGUGGAAGGAACUUCAGCCAAUGACAUACCCUUUGACAAUCCAGACACCCGGAAUCUUGUUAAAGAGGUUUCCAUGAAAGAAACAAAAGUUUUUAAUCCAGAGGGCACAGUGAGAAUCACUGCCAUAGACUGUGGCAUCAAGUACAACCAGAUCCGUUGCCUUUGCCAGAGAGGAGCCCGGGUCACUGUUGUCCCCUGGGAUUAUCCUCUAGAUAGCAAUGAUUUUGAUGGGUUGUUCAUCAGCAAUGGUCCUGGCAAUCCUGAGUACUGCAAGGAGACUGUAGAGAGUAUACGGAAGGUGGCAUGUGUGGAGAAUCCCAAACCUGUCUUUGGGAUUUGUCUGGGCCAUCAGCUUCUAUCUUUGGUCAUUGGUGCAAAGACAUACAAAAUGAAGUAUGGUAAUCGUGGCCAUAACCAACCCUGCAUCCAUAAAGGAACAAAUCGCUGUUUCAUCACCUCUCAGAAUCAUGGGUUUGCUGUAGAUCCCAAAACUCUUCCAGAAGGCUGGGAUGUUCUCUUCACCAACGCCAAUGACAAAACCAGUGAGGGCAUCGUUCACAACCACAAACCACUCUUCAGUGUCCAGUUCCAUCCUGAACACAUGGCAGGCCCAACAGACCUUGUUGGUCUCUUUGAUGUGUUUCUGGAUGCUGUCAAAGAUGCUAAAGAGGGCAAAUCUGAAAAAUCAGUUAAGCAAAGACUAACAGAGCACCUCACUUUCCCUGGAUCUCCUGACCCUGAAGCGUUUGUUCGACCUCGUAAAGUUUUGGUUCUAGGUUCAGGAGGGCUUUCCAUUGGACAGGCUGGAGAGUUUGACUAUUCUGGAUCUCAGGCUAUAAAAGCACUGAAAGAAGAGAACAUCCAAACCGUUCUCAUCAACCCGAACAUUGCCACAGUACAGACCUCAAAGGGCCUGGCAGAUAAAGUCUACUUCCUCCCAAUCACACCAGAGUAUGUCACACAGGUGAUAAAGAACGAGCGUCCAGAUGGGGUGUUGCUCACAUUCGGUGGUCAGACGGCCCUGAAUUGUGGUGUGGAGCUCACUAAGCAAGGAGUGCUGGAAAAAUACAAAGUGCGUGUGCUUGGAACACCAGUGGCCUCCAUAGAGAUGACUGAAGACAGAAAGAUCUUUGUGGAGAAGAUGGAGGAAAUCAAUGAACAUGUUGCCCCCAGUGAAGCAGCCAUGUCUGUUGAACAGGCAGUGGCUGCUGCUGAAAGACUCGGCUUUCCCGUUCUGGUCCGGUCUGCAUUUGCCCUGGGUGGAUUGGGUUCAGGCUUUGCUAAUAACCGGGAGGAGAUGAUCACAUUGGUCACCCAGGCCUUUGCCCACACAUCACAAGUCCUGGUUGACAAAUCACUUAAAGGCUGGAAGGAAAUCGAGUAUGAAGUGGUGCGAGACGCCUAUGACAAUUGUGUUACGGUUUGUAACAUGGAGAACAUUGAUCCUCUAGGAAUCCACACUGGGGAGUCUAUAGUGGUGGCUCCUAGUCAGACAUUGAAUGACUAUGAAUACAAUAUGCUGAGAAACACGGCCAUCAAAGUUAUUCGCCACUUGGGCGUUGUGGGAGAGUGCAACAUUCAGUAUGCUCUAAAUCCUGAAUCUGAGCAGUACUACAUCAUUGAAGUCAACGCUCGUCUCUCACGAAGCUCUGCAUUGGCCAGUAAGGCCACAGGUUACCCGCUGGCCUACGUGGCCGCUAAGCUCGGCUUGGGAAUCCCUCUGCCCAUGCUCAAGAAUUCAGUGACUAAUUCCACAACAGCCAACUUUGAGCCCAGUCUGGAUUACUGUGUGGUGAAGGUUCCUCGUUGGGAUUUGAGCAAGUUCCUCAGAGUCAGCACUAAAAUUGGCAGUUCCAUGAAGAGUGUCGGAGAAGUGAUGGCCAUUGGCCGCUGCUUUGAAGAGGCCUUCCAGAAAGCUUUGAGAAUGGUGGAUGAGAACUGCGUUGGUUUCGACCACACCAUCAAACCAGCGUCUGAAGAGGAGCUGCAGACACCCACAGACAAGCGCAUCUUUGUUCUGGCAGCUGCCCUGCAUGUGGGCUACACUGUUGAGCGGCUUUAUGAGCUGACCAAGAUAGACCACUGGUUUCUACACAAGAUGAAGAACAUUGCAAACCACAAGAAACUUCUAGAGGCAUAUAAUCAGGAUGAGAGUUCCAUGCCACCUGAGGUCAUGAGGAAAGCCAAGCAGCUGGGCUUCUCCGACAAACAAAUCGCCCAAGCUGUGCAAAGCACUGAGCUGGCCGUGAGGAAGCUGAGACGUGACUGGAAGAUCCUUCCAGUGGUCAAACAGAUUGACACAGUGGCCGCCGAGUGGCCUGCUCACACCAACUAUCUGUACCUGACCUAUAACGGCUCAGAAAGUGAUGUGGUUUUCGAGCAGCCCCAUGUCAUGGUGAUCGGCUCUGGGGUUUACCGCAUUGGAAGCAGCGUGGAGUUUGAUUGGUGCGCUGUUGGGUGUAUUAUGGAGCUGAGGAAGAUGGGAUACAAAACAAUUAUGGUGAACUACAACCCAGAAACGGUCAGCACAGAUUAUGAUAUGUGCGAUAGACUGUAUUUUGAUGAGAUCUCGUUUGAGGUGGUGAUGGACAUUUAUGAGAUGGAGAACCCAGAGGGAAUAAUUCUGUCCAUGGGUGGACAGCUGCCCAACAACAUCGCCAUGUCUUUGCAUAGACAGCAGUGCAGGAUUCUGGGCACCUCACCUGAAUUCAUUGACUCUGCGGAGAACCGCUUCAAAUUCUCCAGGAUGCUGGACACCAUAGGAAUCAGCCAGCCCCGAUGGAAAGAGCUGUCUGAUAUUGAGUCUGCUGUGGGUUUCUGUGAGAUGGUCGGUUAUCCCUGCUUAGUGAGGCCGUCGUAUGUUCUCAGUGGGGCUGCUAUGAAUGUUGCCUACUUGGACAGUGAUCUGGAAAAGUACCUGAGCAGUGCUGUUGCUGUGUCAAAGGAACAUCCUGUUGUUAUCUCCAAAUUCAUUCAGGAGGCCAAGGAAAUAGAUGUGGAUGCUGUGGCCUGUGACGGAGUGGUCAUUGCCAUAGCGGUGUCUGAGCAUGUGGAGAACGCAGGGGUGCAUUCUGGAGAUGCCACACUGGUGACUCCUCCUCAAGACAUCAACCAGAAAACCAUGGAGCGCAUUAAGUUGAUCGUUCACGCGAUCGGCCUGGAGCUUCAGGUCACCGGCCCCUUCAACCUGCAGCUCAUUGCCAAGGAUGAUCAGCUGAAGGUGAUAGAAUGCAACGUGCGAGUCUCACGCUCCUUCCCUUUUGUGUCCAAAACACUUGGUGUGGAUCUUGUUGCCCUAGCAACAAGAGUCAUAUUGGGAGAGGAAGUUGAGACUGUCGGGCUGAUGAAGGGGAAUGGCAUCGUGGGGGUUAAGGUUCCACAAUUCUCCUUCUCACGGCUGGCUGGAGCAGAUGUGAUUUUAGGUGUUGAGAUGACCAGCACUGGAGAAGUGGCCUGUUUCGGGGAAAACCGAUAUGAGGCCUAUCUAAAAGCCAUGCUCAGCACUGGCUUCAAAAUCCCUAAAAAGAAUAUUCUCCUCACUAUUGGUACUUAUAAGAAUAAGAGCGAGCUUCUGCCAACAGUCCAGACUUUGGAGAGUUUGGGUUAUAACCUGUAUGCCAGUCUAGGCACCGCUGACUUCUACACUGAACAUGGAGUCAAGGUGAUGGCAGUGGACUGGCCUUUUGAAGAGGAGAGUGACUGCCCUAGUAAGGACAAACAAAGGAACAUCAUGGACUAUCUGGAGGAGAAUCAUUUUGACUUGGUCGUCAAUUUGUCCAUGAGGAACUCUGGUGGAAGACGCUUGUCAUCGUUUGUGACCAAAGGUUACCGCACUCGUCGAAUGGCCAUUGACUACUCCGUACCACUCAUCACUGACAUCAAGUGCACCAAGUUGUUUGUUCAGGCGCUGGGGCAAAUUGGUCAGGCUCCUCAUGUAAAGACUCAUAUAGACAGCAUGACCUCGCAGAAACUCAUCCGUUUACCUGGUUUGAUUGAUGUCCAUGUGCAUCUGCGGGAGCCUGGUGCCACCUAUAAAGAGGACUUCUCCUCGGGCACAGCUGCUGCCCUGGCUGGAGGAGUCACUAUGGUGUGUGCCAUGCCCAAUACCAACCCUGCCAUUAUUGACCCCAGCUCCUUUGCUAUGGCACAGAAGCUUGCCAAGGCCGGGUGCCGCUGUGAUUAUGCUCUUUUUGUGGGGGCGUCAUCAGACAACGCUACGCAUCUUCCGUCCAUUGCAAGCUCUACAGCUGGUUUGAAGAUGUAUUUGAAUGACACAUACUCAACUUUGAAAAUGGACAAUGUUUCUCUGUGGAUGGAGCACUUUGAAAAGUGGCCAAAGCACUUGCCUAUUGUGGCACAUGCAGAAAAACAGACGGUGGCUGCAAUCUUGAUGGUGGCGCAGCUGUAUCAGCGACCCGUUCAUAUCUGCCAUGUUGCCAAGAAAGAAGAGAUUCUGAUCAUUCGAGCUGCUAAACAAAAGGGCAUCCAGGUAACGUGUGAAGUGGCACCCCACCAUCUCUUCCUGUGUGAAGAUAAUGUGCUUGCCAUUGGAAACGGCAGGGCGCAAGUGCGGCCCAUGCUUGGUACACGUGAGGACAUGGAGGCAUUGUGGGAAAAUCUAGACAUCAUUGACUGUUUUGCAACAGACCACGCACCUCAUUCAGUAGAGGAGAAAAACUCUGAGAAACCACCUCCAGGUUACCCGGGUCUGGAGACUAUGCUGCCUCUGCUGCUCACGGCCGUCAGCGAGGGUCGCCUUACCAUUGAUGACAUCAUCAACAGGCUCUAUGAAAACCCCAGGAAAAUUUUCUCUCUUCCUGCUCAAGAAGACACUUAUGUAGAGGUGGACUUGGAGCAAGAGUGGACUAUUCCGAAGCACAUGCAAUUCACCAAGUCAAAGUGGACACCAUUUGAGGGCAUGAAAGUGAAAGGAAAAGUAAUGAGGGUGGUCCUCAGAGGAGAGGUGGCCUAUAUUGAUGGACAGGUUUUGGUACCUCCAGGUUAUGGUCAGGAUGUGAAGUCAUGGUCAACACCCCCGGCAGGAACAGCCGAGGUGAUAAAGGAUGUUCCUAAGCGUGUGAGUGAGGCAGUGACUCCUGAGCGCCCCCGUCAGGCAGCACCUGUUGAUGUGGUCCGUAGCCGUGCCCCGAGUCCACGCCGUUCAACUGGGGAUGGACGCUUCAUUCUCCCGCCUCGUAUCCACUGCACAUCUGAUCCUGGUCUGCCUCCAGCUGAAGAGGAGGUGUCAUUAAGAGCACCGUAUGAUGCAGAAUUGGCUCCCCCAAUGGAUGCAUAUGCACACCCUCCUCCCCUUGCCAGGAUCCUGUCACCUCAAGCUGGGCAGCAGCAGAUCCUGCCCCACCCCCAGACCUCCCCACUGCUGCACCCGCUGGUGGGCCAGCACGUCCUGUCCGUGCGCCAGUUCAGCAAGGAACAGAUGUCACACUUGUUCAAUGUGGCACAUACUCUUCGUCUGAUGGUGCAGAAAGAAAGACCCUUGGAUAUUUUGAAGGGUAAAGUCAUGGCCUCCAUGUUCUACGAGGUGAGCACUCGCACCAGCAGUUCGUUCGCAGCAGCUAUGUACCGUCUGGGAGGGUCGGUGGUGCAUUUCAGUGAGUCCACGUCCUCCACACAGAAGGGCGAGUCUCUGGCUGAUUCUGUUCACACCAUGAGCUGCUACACUGAUGUCAUUGUUCUGCGCCACCCCAUACCUGGAGCUGUAGAAAGUGCAGCAAGGCAUUGUCGGCGGCCAGUGAUCAACGCUGGUGAUGGGGUUGGAGAACAUCCAACUCAGGCCCUUCUGGACAUCUUUACAAUCCGAGAGGAGCUGGGAACAGUCAAUGGCAUGACUAUUACCAUGGUAGGCGAUCUGAAACAUGGCCGCACUGUGCAUUCUCUGGCUAGACUUCUCACUCAGUACAGGAUCACCUUGCGCUACGUGGCUCCCAAGAACCUCAGCAUGCCUGCCGAAAUCAUCGAUUUUGUGGCCUCCAAAGGCAUUAAACAGGAGGAGUUUAACAGCAUUGAAGAGGCUCUUCCAGAGACUGAUGUUCUGUACAUGACCAGAAUACAGAAGGAGCGAUUUGCCUCUGAAGAAGAGUACAAAGCGUGUUUCGGCCAGUUCAUCCUCACCCCACAUAUCAUGACGGGAGCCAAAAGGAAGAUGGUUGUUAUGCAUCCACUUCCCAGAGUCAAUGAGAUCAGUGUGGAAGUGGACACGGAUCCUCGGGCUGCUUACUUCCGGCAGGCUGAGAACGGGAUGUAUAUUCGGAUGGCACUGCUGGCUACCGUGCUGGGUCGGUGAAGGGACCAUCAGUCUAUUCCUGGACAUUUGGCAGUAAAGGGAAAUAUUUUGUUAGCAAAAUACUGAUUCCAUGACUGGUGUUUAUUGUGUACUCUCCAUAUAGAUCCAGUAGAUUUUGUGAGAUUAAGUACCCAGAUUUAAUGUUCCUUUCAGUACUGACUGCAAUAAAAUUACAUUGAGUAUUUGAUUCAAAACACGCACAUUAAAGCAGCCACAGUGCAGUAAACUAGUUUCAUCCUAAAUAUCUGAGAUAAUUACACUUAAUGUAGCACUUGAAAAUAGCAGAUUGCUCAGUUUCUUCAUUUCACUUUAAAAUCAGGAAAAUUUAGCAAACAGUUAUAAAAAUAAACAAUUGUUCUACUACAUCACUAACUGGUAUAGUUUUAAUGUAAUUGUGUUGUGUUUUUUUUUUUUUGGUUUGUUGUUUUUGGGUUGUGCAUUUACAACAAUAUAGACAAAAAAUGUACAUGUGAUCAUGUUCAUUUGGACAUUCCAGUAGGGGACCAGACUUCUGUAACACGAUCUACUUUGUGCAAAUACUAGUGCAGAUACAGUAUGGUAGGAAGAUUGUUCAUUACGGAGUAAAACUUUUGUAAUUGUAUUUUUAGACAAUAAAAAAAACCCCAAUGCAAUCAGAUCUUUCUCUGCUUUUCCAUAUCUCUGUCGUUCUGUGUACUGGUACAAAUGAAGGGAGAGAAUAUCAAUAAAUCACCUGAUCUGUUGAUAGGCGGUAAAAUGGAAUAAAUGAACUCUCUUAC